CUGGCGAUGCCAGACGCCUGCCUGGGGGCGGACCGAGCGGCCAGCUGCCUCGCUCGGGUCCGCGGCACCGGGUCCCUGGCCCUCGGCGGCUCCCCACGGGGCGGCUGCCUCCCGCUCCUCUGGCCAUGCGGUGGCUGUGGCCGCUGGCCGUCGCGCUCUCCGUGGUGUCGGCCACGGGCAGCCACCGAGCCGGGGUCCCGGAGCAGGUGGGCCGGCCCAGGAGAGGCACGGGGGACGAGGAGGCCAGGGGGGUGCAGCAGUACGUGCCCGAGGAGUGGGCCGAGUUCCCCCGGCCCCUCCGCCCCGCGGGCCCGCAGCCCACCGGGCCCUCGGCGGCCACCAGCCGCGCCCCAGGCGAGCAUGGGGACGCCCCCGGCGGCGGGCCGGGGCCGCGGGGCCCUGUGACGGGGGCGCCGGGCCAGAGGCUGCGGAUGCAGAACCCCCUGUACCCGGUGACGGGGGACUCCUACGGUGCCUACGCGGUGCUGCUGCUGGCGCUGCUGGUGUUCGCCGUGGGCAUCGUGGGCAACCUGGCCGUCAUGUGCGUGGUGUGGCACAGCUACCACCUGAAGAGCGCCUGGAACGCCAUCCUGGCCAGCCUGGCCCUCUGGGACUUCCUGGUGCUCUUCUUCUGCCUGCCCGUCGUGGUCUUCGACGAGCUCACCAAGCAGAGGCUGCUGGGGGACGUGUCCUGCCGGGCGGUGCCCUUCCUGGAGGUCUGCUCCCUGGGCGUCACCACCUUCAGCCUCUGCGCCCUGGGCAUCGACCGCUUCCACGUGGCCACCAGCACGCUGCCCAGGCUGCGGCCGGUCGAGCGGUGCCGGUCCAUCCUGGCCAAGCUGGCGGUCAUCUGGGUGGGCUCCGUGAUGCUGGCCGCGCCCGAGCUGCUGCUGUGGCAGCUGGCGCAGGAGCCGGGCCCCGCCGCGGGCGCCGUGGACACGUGCGUCAUGAAGCCCUCGGCCAGCCUGCCCGAGUCCCUCUACUCGCUGGUGAUGACCUACCAGAACGCCCGCAUGUGGUGGUACUUCGGCUGCUACUUCUGCCUGCCCGUCCUCUUCACCGUCGCCUGCCAGCUGGUGACCUGGCGCGUGCGGGGCCCGCCCGGGAGGAAGCCCGAGUGCCGGGCCGGCAAGCACGAGCCCUGCGAGCGCCAGCUCAACGCCACGGUGGUGGGCCUGGCCGCCGUGUACGCUCUGUGCACGCUGCCCGAGAGCGUCUGCAACGUCGUGCUGGCCUACCUGUCCCCCCAGCUGGCCCGCCACACCCUGGGCCUGCUGGGCCUGGUCACCCAGUUCUCCGCCUUCUUCAAGGGCGCCGCCAUGCCGGUGCUGCUGCUCUGCGUCUCCCGGCCGCUGGGCCAGGCCUUCCUGGACUGCUGCUGCUGCUGCUGCGCCGAGUGCGGCGAGGCCUGCGGCGCGCCCUCGGAGCCCGCGGCCGCCCCCGGCCCGGACGGCAAGGUCAAGACGGAGCUGUCCCCCUCCAUCUACUUCCACAAGCCCAGGGAGUCGCCCCCGCUGCUGCCCCUGGGCACGCCCUGCUGAGGCCUGGCCCCGGGGCGGGGGGCGCCAGGGGAGGGGCACCAGGGCCCUGGGGUCUCCGUGCCCGGGGGGCUGGCCUUCCUGCCCGUCCCGCUGGCCAGAGGUGGACUGGGCCCCUCGUGCCGAGGUCUGGGCGUGUCCG